CGCAACAAGAAGCAACGCAGUAGCCAAUCACGUUACAACUUUGAAAACUGAGACAUUGAUUGGUUCCCGAAUUAGAAUAACAGGAGCACGUCCUUAUGUAGGAGUCAUAUCGCGACUUGCAAAGAUGUGUGUUAAACAGUGGGAAUUUAUUACGGUUGUAAAUAUUGCAUCACAAAUUGAGUAAAAGAUUGAUAUCAGCCAUGGAAUUUGCUUAUGUAUUUGUGCACUCGAUGAAGAAAAAGUAUUUAAGUAUACCAAUUACUGACCUCCGAAACUUCAGUAUUGAAGAAUAUGAAGCUGAUUCCAAAAGAAAAGAAAGAAUAUAUCGUUUGAUAUUGGAAAAUGGUAAAAAGGUUAACUGCCAAGUUCUGUCUAUUGCAGGUAAAUAUCAACAUAUACUGAUCUAAAUAAGCAAUUAUCGUCAAAAAGACAAACAGUUCUCAAAUUGAGAAAAUCGCUACUUGAUAUCAGUACAUCAUUGGACACAUCAAGUGAGAAACAAAAAACAUGUAAUGCCACAAAAUAAAACCGGAAAGUAGGAAAUAUUAAACAUUAACUAUUCUUUGUAUGGUUCACGUGUCAUUUUCACAUAGAUUUGUGUUGCAAUUUAAGCUUCUUAAAAUUGAAUAAACAAAAGAGACAUGAUGCUUCAAAAGAAACAAGUACUGAAAUUCUGAAAGCUUAUAUGAAUGCAUCUAAAGGAGAAAUAGGAGAAAAAGGACAAGAAAGAACUGAAGGAUCUUCUAUGUGUUGAUGAAGAUAAAAGUACAAAACAUGCAUAUGGUGAAACAACAUCGUUAUCAAGUGAUGAAAAUGAAUAUAUAAAAAAAGAAAAAUGAAUGUCGAAAAUUUUACGCCAGUUUUAUCAUGGACUUCGACACUACAAAAAGCAAAAAGAAACACGUAUACCAGCGUAUCUAAUGCAAAGGAAGUGGAACAGGAAAUUGACGGUAUCGAGCAUUCAAAUUUACAGUCACCACAGACAGAAACAAUUGUUGCAGAAGUUUCCGAUUUGACACCAUUAACUGAAGCAACAGCGAAGCAACUAAUUGCUUUAUUAAACGUUGUGAUAGGGCAAGGAAAACUGCCUUUGAUGAAUGGCUGCAACAUAAAUAAGGAAGAAUCAAACAUAGAAGCAAUUGGCCAAGAUAUCCACUUAGGUCACAACAUUUCAGUGACAAAAACAGCGUAUGAAGAAAUACAAAGAGUUAAAGAGCCUAGUAAAUUUGUUACAAAUCUUGCUUAUGCUGUGUGAGGAUACAAAACAUUAUGUUCUCGGGCUGUGAGACAGCAAAGUAACUGUGCUCGUAAAGUGUUAACUCCUAAGAAAAAAGAGAUUAUUUAUAAUCAUUUUGCAAAAUGGUUAACAAGAAGGGGUUACAGUCAGAACUUAAUAAGUGAGCAACUUGAACAUGUUAAUACUUAUUUAGGCAGAGCAAUAUCUGGCGCAAUGAAGCAUGAAGGAAUAAUUGCGUCUGUAAAGAAAAACUUACCUAUGGCACUAACAGAAACAAGUAAUACAAAAAUGUUAGAAUGUGGUACAACGAGCGCAGAAGAUUCUGAUAUAAAUUAAAAUUAUAUGCAUACAGUUCAGUCAUUUUGUGCCCUGCAAUAAAUGGAGUUGCAAAAAUCGAAAAUACACAAAUUGGUUAGUUUAGCAGAUUAUUAAUAUUUAAUGUAGCAUUAAUUUUUUACGAUUUUUACGAUUUUAUAAGUUCUAAAUGUUUUGCGUAUAAGCUGUAACAGAUACAAUACCUUAUUAUUUAAUUUACUUGAACAGUUAAUUUCAAAAUAGUAGAUUUCUGUUACUUAUAAAACUGUGGAAAACAAAUUUCUAUUAUAUUUGAAACAGUC